AUGUGGCGGGGUGUGGCGCGGCGCGGCGGGAUGCGCGGCGCGCGCCUGGAUGCGCCCCGCGCGGCAGUGCCCGCCGCCAUGUCGGGCGGGUCGCGCGCCUUCCUCCUGCUCACCGCGAUCCUCACACUACUCUACUCAGGAUGGUGUUCCGAAGACGAGGAGCGUUUGGUCCGCGACCUGUUCCGUGGUUACAACAAACUGAUCCGCCCAGUACAAAAUAUGACUCAGAAAGUCGACGUGCGAUUCGGAUUAGCCUUCGUACAGCUUAUUAAUGUUAACGAGAAGAAUCAGAUCAUGAAAUCGAACGUAUGGCUCCGGUUAGUAUGGAUGGACUACCAGCUGAUGUGGGACGAGGCUGACUACGGCGGCAUAGGAGUACUGCGGCUGCCGCCCGACAAAGUCUGGAAACCAGACAUUGUACUCUUCAACAACGCCGACGGUAACUACGAGGUGCGGUACAAGUCGAACGUUCUGAUCUAUCCCAACGGUGAAGUGCUGUGGGUACCACCAGCUAUUUAUCAGAGCUCGUGUACAAUUGACGUCACGUACUUCCCCUUCGAUCAACAAACUUGCAUCAUGAAAUUCGGAUCUUGGACCUUCAACGGCGAUCAAGUAUCACUCGCUUUAUACAACAACAAGAACUUUGUCGAUCUGUCCGACUACUGGAAGUCGGGUACUUGGGACAUUAUCGAAGUGCCAGCUUAUCUGAAUAUUUAUGAAGGGAACCACCCUACUGAAACUGAUAUUACAUUUUACAUUAUAAUCAGGAGAAAAACUUUGUUCUACACUGUCAACUUGAUCCUGCCAACAGUAUUGAUUUCAUUCCUCUGCGUCUUGGUAUUCUAUUUACCCGCCGAAGCUGGUGAAAAGGUAACGUUGGGUAUUAGCAUUUUGCUGUCACUGGUUGUGUUCCUGCUACUGGUGUCGAAGAUUCUCCCGCCGACCUCUCUAGUGCUACCCCUGAUUGCCAAGUACCUUCUCUUUACUUUCAUCAUGAACACCGUCAGUAUUCUAGUCACUGUCAUCAUUAUCAACUGGAACUUUAGAGGACCAAGAACACACCGAAUGCCGCUAUGGAUCCGAAGUGUCUUCCUUCAUUACCUACCGACGGGGCUCCUCAUGCGUCGUCCACGUAAAACGAGACUGCGGUGGAUGAUGGAAAUGCCUGGUAUGGGUGCGCCGCCCCACGCAGCCGCCCCGCACGACCUGCCUAAACACAUCAGUGCGAUUGGUGCAAAACAAAGCAAAAUGGAGGCGAUGGAGAUGUCGGACCUACACCACCCGAACUGCAAGAUAAACCGAGCAGCCGGCGGCGGUGAGGUCGGCGCCUUGGGUGGUCUCGGCGCCCUUGGGGGCCUCGGUCUCGGAGGAGAGAGGAGGGAGUCGGAGAGCUCCGACUCUUUGCUGCUGUCGCCCGAGGCUGCGAAGGCUACGGAAGCUGUAGAGUUCAUCGCAGAACAUUUACGUAAUGAAGAUCUUUACAUUCAGACGCGUGAAGAUUGGAAGUACGUAGCGAUGGUGAUCGACAGGCUGCAGCUGUACAUCUUUUUCAUCGUGACGACUGCAGGUACGGUCGGCAUUCUCAUGGACGCGCCACACAUCUUCGAGUACGUCGACCAAGAUCGCAUCAUAGAAAUAUAUCGAGGAAAAUAA